AUGAUGCACCACCACCUCUCGCGCCUCCUCACCCGCCGCCUCCCGCUCCCCGUCGCCGCCUCCUCUCCCUACGCCGCGGCGCUCUCCACGCCCCCCAGGCGCGCCUACGCCCGCCGCGCCAAACCGCCGCCAGCGGCGGACACCGGCGACCACGCUGCCGCCGCCUCCCAUGCGGCAGCGGCUGGCUCGGAGGCGAAGGCCACGUGGCAGACGGAGAAGCUCCGGGGCGAGCUGCCGCGGCCGCCGACCAUCCCGUUCCAGCCGCGCGUCGCUAACGCCGUGCACCUCGUCGGCACCGUCUGCGCGCCCGUGCACGUGCAGCAACUGCCCGACGGCCGAUUCUCCGCGGUCUCCGUGCUCGUGCACGACCACGGCAUGAACUUGCCCAAGUUCUGGGUUCCCAUAGUUUUCAAAGAUGACUUGGCACAAGUAGCCGCUUCUCAUUUGAAAGAAAAUGACCUUGUUUCUGUGUCUGGGAAAUUAACUUGUGAUUCUCCACCAUUCAAGCUUGCUGAUGGCGAAGCAAACAUUCAGUUGUUAGCAAAUUCGCUGCAGUUUGUUGAUAGUAAAGCUGUUGAAACGGAUGCCAUACUGGAUGAAGAUGAAGGAUUUUUGGAGAUUGUUGAGUCUGAAAAGAAAGUUGAAGCAAAAAAACCCACCUCUAAAUUUUCGCCUGGCACAUCAGGUUAUAGCAACAAGGCGGAUAAGUUUAAUAAACUCUGGAAUGAUGUUAUAUCUCGACCACAAGAUUGGAUUGAUAACCGGCCUCUGAAGAAAACUGGUUCGAGGAGUGCAAAGUUUCCUGAUUUUAAGAACAAGGUUUCAGAUGAGGCACUCUGGCUUAACACUGCACCAACAUCAGUUCUUGAAAAAUUGGAUGAUUUGGUGUUCGGUAGUGGUUAUGCCACAGAAAGAAAAAAUAAACCUUUUGGUAAUGAUACCCUAAAAGGUACGGGUACAAACUGGAUGAAGCCUAGGAAGAGCCCAGAUGCAUCUGCUGCGUCAAAACAAAAACUUGAAGAGGACCUGUGGCGAGAUCUUGUGGACAAUUCAGCAAACUGGUGGGACAACCGAGCAGACAAGCCGACACUGAAGCAUCCUGAUUUCAGGAACAGUAAUUCAGGGCAAGGUCUAUGGAUAGGAGCCAAAUCACCCCGAUGGGCUAUAGAUGCACUGCCAUCCUUGAAAUUUAAGGGAGGUAGCAAGGAUACAAGGAAAGAAACCUUGCUGUCAUGA